AUUCCAGUUAGAAUUGACACCGCAACGCGUAACGACGACACCGAAACGAAACGAAGACAGAACGACGUCGUCAAGGAACAACAACAACUGGAAAACGCAAAACGACAAAUCGCGAAGCUCAGCUAUUUGACCAAUAUAUACCUGGAAAAAGUGCUUGACUCGGCCAUUCUUGGGCAGACAGACGGACACCCCACUGUUGCAAAAAACUCGUCGUAUCCCGUUAGUCGUUAUCGCCAACUCUUUAGCAACGGUUGCAAUAAUGAUAGCCUAAAGUCGGGUUUUGAAGAAGAAGACGAACAAAAAGAAAAAAAAAUAUUUUGGAAAACAGUUUUGAAAAAAAUAAAAAUACGCUGAGUUUUGAAAAAAAGAAGGAAAACCAAAGCAAAAAAAAAAAGCGAAAUAUUUUGAAAUCCAACCCAUAUUGAGUUUCCGUUAACGUUUUGUUUUUUGAAAAUUAAGCAAUAAAAUUUCUGUUUUGAACCAAAAAAAAAAAAAAAAAAUCCGGUGAAAUCGAAACCCCUUUGAACGGAUCGGUAACGGAAUCGAAUGUGGUGCAAAGUGACAAAGUGAAAAUCGAAAGCAAAGAUUCAAUUGCAUGAAAAGUCGGCACCAAUUGCAAAUCGAAAGUGGUUAAAAACUACCCUCCCCGCACCGGUCCUCCUAGUGUUUUUGUGAUACCGACUUACCCACCAUAAAAUUCUCUUCAAUGAAAAUGGAGGAUCCAAACCUCGCUGACCAGUAUGUACAAGAAUUUGUACUUGAACAUCUGGAGGAUGGUACUUCGGCGCCGGUUGGUGUCAAGCGGGAAGAUCAUAGUCCCACAUCGGCCACGGCCGUGGCCAAGAUCACCUGGACCGCCGAACCGGCAGCCAUGGGGCCAGAAGAUGAAGAAACCGCCGUUGAGCCUUUGAUAAAAAUGCGUUCAUUUUCCACAAAUUGGACACACAUGGAUGAGAGGCGGCUGCAACCGCUGUCACCACCUCCGGAAAUCUAUACCCAUGGACCGAUGACGGGUCAAGCGAUUUUGGUUAAUACCUCGGUGCCAGGUGGGGUGCCAUCUACUCCACCGGAAACACCACCUGUUAUUGGCUCGCCCACAGGCAGUACCUGUGCCCAGGCAUAUGCCGGCGUGCCAGCUUCCCAUUAUGCCAGCCACCACCGACCCGCACCCACCAGUGCCGGUUUGACCCAGGAAAUGAUGUGGCUGCCCAAUUCCAUGCGUACCGAUCCCCAGCCAUUGGAUUUAAGGCCGCUGGCAGGUCCCAGCCAGGAGGAGGAAUGGGAAAGGCACCGCGAAUAUAUGCAAUCCGUGGCAGCUGCCAACCACCACCACAGCCACCAUCUCCAUCUGCAACAGAGUCAACAUCCCCACCACCAUCAUCAUCAUUUCCAGCAUCUGGAGCAUUUGGCGCCCAUUCAAAUGCAUCCUUCGCCCUAUCACAACAUUACGAAUUGUCCACCCACCAGCUCCUCAGCGGCGGUUCUACACAACAACCCAUCCUCGAAUGGUCAUCAGCACUCCUCGAAUCGCCCCACUUCGGUGUGUUCGACCCGUUCAUCAACAAAUUCCCCGCGCACCGUUUCCGGACAUUAUUCCACCUCCAGCCAGCUGGGAAUUGAUGAUUGCAUUGAUGACGAUCUGCUGACCACCCUCUCGGUUAGGGAGCUAAACAAGCGUCUGCACGGGUGUCCGCGCGAGGAAGUGGUGCGUCUGAAACAAAAGCGACGUACCCUCAAAAAUCGUGGCUAUGCACAAAACUGCCGCUCAAAACGUCUGCUGCAGCGCCAUGAGCUGGAGAAGACCAAUCGCCAGCUCAAUCAAGAUCUACAUCGACUGAAAUUGGAAUAUACGCGAGUGUGUCAGGAACGUGAUCAAUUGAAACAGCGAUUACAGUCACGCAGUGGUUCCAGUUCCUCACCGCCCAAUAGUGCGGCGACGGGCAGUGCCGUCAUUGCCUUGAAUGCCACAGGUGGGCCUAGUUCGCAACAGCAGUUGUCUAGCGAAAAUCAGAGCUCACCGGAAUUCUAUCUCUGACGUCAAUUAGCAGCAGCUGCCAAUGGUCAUCAUCAUGCUCCUCAUCAUCAUUCCCAGCAUCAUCAUAAUGUUGUGGCUGCCGCCGCCGCAGCAGCAGCUGUUGCGGCCAGAGAUCACCCUCAUCAUCAUCAGCAUCCGCCGGGCCAUAGUUCCCAUGGCCAGCAGCAGGCCCAUCAAUGGACUUCAUCGGCCAGAUAUCAACAACAACAGCAGCAGCAAAUGAUGCAGCAGCAACAACAAUCCACCGCCGCAGCAGCAGCCGCCGCCGCCGCUCUUCAUGCUCCACAAUCGCAACAAGGCAUUCUCCAACCUCAACCACCGCCACCAACAGCAGUUGUAAAUUAAGCCACAAAACAAAACUGUUAUAAUUCUCAUCAGGUUCAAUGCAAAACAGAGACAUAAGUAUACGUUCCAAGGUAUGUAGGGGGGGGGGAGAGGUGUUUUUAUGAUUUCAAUUUGAAAAUAAUUCAAAGCGGGUUUUGAUCUAGAAUCGUGUAUUUUUGCGUUAAUGCUUUUGUAUGAAUAAUUUUGGAAGUAAUGACGGAGGUGCAGAGAAGGGGUGUUUGGAUGUCAGAGUUAAAAAAUAACAAAUUCGGAGAAAAGUGUUUCACAAAUUGACUCCGUUUUAAGUUUCCCAACUGUCCCAUCUUGGGAAGUCUUAAAGGUGUCGUCAAGUUGUUCUGCUUUCCGGCUUUAUUUUAGAAGCUGUGCAACAUUUUUCCUGUACGAUAAAACCUGGUGGUGCGCUGUAGUUUGGGAGCCAUUUUUGCCUUGCCCUUGGUAUGCUUAACAAAAGGAGUCGGAAUCAAUUCAAGUUUUGUGCUAACUGUCGUAAAAAUGGUUACUGGCGGUUUGAUUUCAAACGAAAAGUAUUUCCACCAUGCGACAAAAAUGGAGCCCAAAUUUAGUCGUAAUCAUCGGACCACCACAAUUCUAUUCAUCAUUACUACACAACUAUGAAUAGAGGUUCCAAGUAUACCCAAAUCCCUAAUCAAGGUUCCCUAACUUUGCCGUUUUUUGAAUUUCUGGUGGUCUUGGUUGUUAUGACACGUGAACUAACCUGUCCAAGGGAUCCCUAACCUCCUAUGUCUCAGGAAUAACUAACAUUGCGAUUAGCAAACAAUUCACCGGAAGUGCUUGUGCCAGUUUGCCAGCGCAGUGAGUGAGUUGAUUCUGGUGCUAAAUUGAAGAGAUUCCUAGCUUACGGCAAAAAUGGCGCCCGACGUGGGGUGACUCAAUUCACUAACAGUGCUUGUGCCAGCUUGCCAGCUCAGUGAGCGAGUUGAUUCUGGCGCCAAAUAGGAGGGAUUCCUAGCUUGCGGCAAAAAUGGCGCCCGACGUGGGGUGACUCACUGACAAGAUAUGUGGGAACAAAAUUCUACUCAAACCGUAAUGAUUCGAUAACCAAGAUUUCCAAUCACGUCAAUGCUUCGUUGGAUUUGGAGAAUGAUCUUUUUCUCAGGAAGAGUGAGCGCCAAGUGCUCCAGAUGUUUUUUUUUAAGAAUGUAGUCUAUUGUUGUAAUAGGGGGGACAAGGAAAAGAUUCAGUCGGGGCGUCAAAGGUGGCGCCCAACGAAAAAAAAAUUCCCAGAUUCUUGAGCCAAAUUAAAAAGAUCCAUAGCAUGUGAAUAAAAUGGCGCCCAACGUAUAUAACCAAGUUCUUAUAUAUUUUCUCUACAAUUCAAUAACACUUCCGCAAUUCAACGAAGGCGCCCAACGUCUUUUGCUUAGUUCGUAUACAACUUAUCUACACAUGUUUGGUAUCUCCACAAAAAUAAUUUAAUUUCCAUCAAGUCUAGGCUUCCAUGGAUUUUAGGAAAUGUCAAAUCCAUGAAGAUCGGUAGCAUUCAAAAUUCAGAAAAAAAUUUUAAUUAAUUGAAAAACAAUAAAACUUAAUUCAAAAAUCGCUGAAAUAUUCACAGAUGGCGCCCAACAUACAUUACUGUAUUGUUAUGAAAUUUCCAAACAAAUUUCCAUUAUUAGGCGUUCUUCAAAAUAUCUGGGUACUUCUAUUUCGAGGUUCUCAAGGGGAUAAAAUUUAGUAUUUUGUAAAAGCAUCCAAAAUAUAAAUUUUGUGAAUCAAUUGACAUCAAAUUGUCAGUCUUACAAUUGAUGAUCGAAGGACAUAAGUCAUCCAACUUUACAUCUGGGUUGUUUACGGAAUUAAAGGCCUUAACAUAAGGGUAUUUUUUUCUUGAAUCGACAUCCAAGUAGAGAUAAGUAUUCCAGGGCCGAUUUGAACUGAGUCGGUUUUUUAGACAUUAAAAGUUAGCGAUGAAUUAUGUCGCAAAAGGUAACAUUUUGUGUUUAGGCUUUGAAUCUCCAAACAUAGUCAUCACCAAAAUUAGGCAAUGGCAAUUAGGACAGCUUCUAUGGAAACUAAAAACUGUUUUCCUCAUGAUUCGGAAACAAAAAACAUCUACUGUAGAGAAAUGGCGCCCAACGUAAAUUUCGACAAGGUUCAUUUGUCCUAAAAAUUCGCUUUGAAUUUGAAAAAAAAAAAAAAUAAAAUGGGAAUAUCUAUUUUCAAAAUGGCGCCCAAUGUAUAUUUCUACUUUUGAAAUGACUGUGCAAUCCAAUGUUAGCCAAUUUUCAAUGUAUUUUUGGAACCUAAGAACCGUUUUCGCCAUGAUCCGAAAAGGGGACAGAAAUGGCACCUAACGUAAAUUUUUAGUAAGCCUUUUGGAUGCAGAACUCAGUAUUUUUAUCGAUCUGAAAGCCUUUUUUUGCAAAAAUUUAGGAAAAUAAAUUUCACGAAGAGACUACGGAAAUCACUUCUGACGAGUUUCUAAGAAAAAACAUAUGACACAUAAAUGGCGCCCGACGUAAAUUUUGACUAAACUUCUAUGGAUUUUAAGAACCUUUUAUUAAGAGGAAAAUUACACCAAAAGUGGCGCCCAACGUAUUCUUCUUCCCUUGAAAUGAUGUUAGAAUGAAAUUUUGUACCAGUUUUUAUAGAACCUCAAAAGCGUUUUUUUCAUGAUUUAGAGCUAGAAACCAUCUUGUGCAUAGAAAUGGCGCCCAACAUCAAUUUGACUAAGAUUUGGCCCCAACUUCAAUUUGACUAAGCUUUCAAGGAUUUUAAAAUUAUUUUUAAUGAAGUAAAUAUGCAAAAGGAGGUUUCAUUGUACAAAGCAAUACAAGUCCAGGUUUCCACAGGUUAUGCCUACAUCUUGUCAUUGGGUUCACAAUGAUUUCAGGACUCAGUAUUUUCAUGGAUUUUUUUAAACGUUUGAAUACAAUUUAUUAAAAACAAUUUAGUUUAUAAUUCAUUACUCCGAAAUAGCUACGACGAGUUUCGACGGGUUUCUAGGAACUUUUUUUUUGACAGAAGUGGGCCCCAAAUUCAAUUUGUCCAAGCUUCCGUGAUUUGACCAAUUUUCGAUGAAUUGUAAAAAAUUCCUUAAAAAAUUUAAGGAAGAGAAAAUUUAACAAAAAAUUCAAUUUUACAAAGUGGCGCCCAAGGUCUUCUUCUUCUCUCAAAAUUAUAUUGGAGUUCAAUGCAUACCAGUUUUUAUAGAACCCAAGAAGCGUGUUCUUCAUGAUUUAGGGUUAGAAAACAUCUUCUGGACAGAAAUGGCGCCAUUCCAUUGCACAAAUAAACCAAGUCCAGGUUUCCAUAGGUUAUUUCUUCAGCAUGUGUUUGGGUUCACAAUGGAUUCGGAACUCGGUAUUUUCAUGGAUUCUCAAAAGUUUUGGAUUUUAAAAACAUUUUAGUUUAGAAUUCAAUACUCCGAAAUGGCUACGACGGAUUUCGAUGGGUUUGACGGGUUUCUAGGAAAACAGUUUUUAAUUUCAAUUUGGGCAAGCUGCCAUGGAUUCUUUUUAAGGAAGGAAAAAGAAAAAAUUAAGUUCCAAACAUUUUUUCAGUUUUAACCUAAAUCUUCCAAAUGUAAAGAGCUACAGUUGCGCUCCCACAAAUGAAAUGAUAUAACCCUUAUCAUAAUAUGUACUCUCUGAUUGUGUGCGUUUUGGAUUUGGUCCAUCAAAGAUAUUUUUUUUUUUUUGUUAAAUUUGAAGGAAAACAUUUUUUUUGACAGAAGUGCCGUCCAAUUUAAAUUUGUCCAAGCUUCCGUGGAUUCUUUUAAAGGAAGGAAAAAUAAAAAUAAUAAGCUUCAACAUUUUUGCAGUUUUUACCUAAAUCUUCCAAAUGUAAAGAGAUACAAUUGCACUACCAGAAAAAAGUUAUAUAACUUCUACUCUCCGAUUGUGUGAGUAUUAAGGUUCUAGGUUAUCUACAAAGCUAGGGGUUUAGUCCAUCAUAAAUAUUUUAUUAUUUUAUUUUAUUUAUUUUUUAAUUUAAACGUUAACCGUUUUACCUAUUUUUGUUGAAUAAUUCGCCAAACCUCAUUGAAAUCCGAUUGCUCUAUUUUGUUUUCUCUCAUUUCUCAUUUCUUUGUUUGCGGAAAUAUUUGCGUUCGUUGCCUUGAUCUACAUUUCAUGUUGGAGACUUGGUUAAUUUUCUCUUUUUAUUUUUCUUCGACCUCAACAUAUCAUUGACCCAGUUAAGUUGAGUUCUUUUUUUAAUAUUGGAACUUCUUUGGGAAAUAAACACAGAAUUCUUCAAAGUUAUUAAAAAAUAAAGCGGAACAAAAAUUGAAGUCAAAAGAAGUGAAAUUUUUUUGAGGGAAAAAUGGCGCCCAAUUUUGUACUCAGAAUUCUUCAUAGUUAUUAAAAAAAACAGUGUGGAACAAAAAUUAAAGUUAAAAAAAUAAAAAAAAAAAAUAAAAAAUAUAAAAUUUUGCAUCGCCGAUUGAGGGAAAAAAUGGCGCCCAAUACAUGGUGUCUAAAUUCUAGAAAGUAUUUUCGCAGGGAUUUUUUUUAAUUUCUCUGUAAAUCAACAUUCCAGACACAGGGAUGCUUAAACUCUAUUGCUAUCACUUCUUUUGCAAUAAUUUCGAAUCCAAUCCCAUUAUGACUAUGCCUUAUUUUUCUGCAAAAUUCCAGAAAUUAACCCAGUUAAGCUGAGUUCAUUUUUUUUUUUUUUUUUUUUUUUUUGGAACCUCCACGAUUUUAAUGAAAAAGUCAAAGAAUUCUUCAAAGUCAUUAAAAACAAAGCGGAACAAAAAUUAAUGCUAAAAAAAGCUCAAAAAAUAUAAAAUUCUUACAUCAACGAUCGAGGGAAAAAUGGCGCCCAAUGCAUGGCGUUUAAAAUCUGGAAAGCCUUUUCGUAGGGAUUGUUUUAAAAUUAGUAUGUAAAUCAACAAUUCUGACACAGGGGUUUAACGUUUAUUCCUACCACUUCUCUUGCAAUAAUUUCGAAUUCAUUUCCAUUAUGUGACAAUGCCUUAUUUUCCUGCGAAAUUCAAGAAAUUGGCCCAGUUAAGUUGAGUUGAUAUUUUUUGGAACUUUCACGAUUUUAAGGAAAAAGUGACAGAAUUCUUUAAAGUUAUUAAAAAAACAAAGUGGAACAAAAAUUAAAUGUUCAAAAAAAGUUUAAAAAAAUAUAUAAAAUUCGUGCAUUACCGAUCGAAGGAAAAAUGGCGCCCAAUUGCAAUAAUUUCGAAUUCAGUGCCAUCAUGAAUAUGUCAUUUUUUCUGCAAAAUUUUUACUUUUCUUUAAAAAAAAUGUAAAAUAUUAUUAAAAUUUUUGAGAUUUUCCCUGUUUUUCGCAAGAAUAACAAUAACAGUACUCUCUGUGGCUAGAUUCUUGUUUUAUGAAAAAAAAAAACAAAUGAAAUAUAUUUUUUUUAUUUUUUUCAUUUGGCAAUUAUGUUUCCAUUUUAAAUUUUUAUAGAAUAAAAGAAUUAAGAACCCUGCAAUUUAUUUUCACUCCAAUUGUUUCACAUAAGUCAUCAAAUCAUUUCCGUAUCCCUCCCAAGUCCUGCUGUAGGGUAUUCCAAACAUUAUCUCUAUCAUUUGUUUCCUCCUUGUAACAUUGUAACAAAUUUUUAUUGAUAAGUUUUUUAAAAUCUCAAAUCAAUUUUAAACAUUGUCUAUUUUUUGCCGAAAGCGAAAUUGAAAACACACAAUCAUGUCAAAUGGAAAUUAAUCGCUUUGCAUGUAACACAGCGCAUCGAAUCGAAUGCAAUCAAUAAAAAAAAUGUAACAGAAACUAUAACGCCACUGUUUCAGGUUGACAGCCGUCGGUGGAGAGGCGAAAGGCAAGAAGGUGGACAACACGGGGCCCACCAUGAUUACAAGGGUUAGCCAGUUCAUUGUACCCUUUAAAUGUCAUUGUUAACAUGGGGAGGGCGGGGGCACGUUUUGUAUGACGUUCGAUAGGUGUUUUUUCGUUGGGAAAAGUGAGAAAAUGAAUAAAUUACAAAUUGAUGGAAAAUACGUUCAUGUGUACACAUUGAAACAAUUAAUUGCAAAAAACCAAGUGCAAACUUUAAUUUGAUUUGGAUUUAAAUUAUUUAUAAAUAGGUCCAAAAAUCAGUUAUAAAAGUCAUCUAUUGAACAUACAAGACUUUAAUUGGCUCAGUAUGAAAAACAACAAAAUUUUAAACAUUUUUAAAUAUUUUAAAAAUAUAUUAAAUAUUUCCACUUUUUUACAAUACCCAUUACAUUUGUAUUUUUAAAAAAUUAUUUUGACGAAGGCGUAUGUUGGGACUACGGCAAAAUGUUUCAAGGUAAAGUGUUUCAUUAUUGGUACAGAAAUUUAUUCUCAUUUACUGAUCCCUAAGAAGUCAAAAUCCAGUAACAUUUCGUACAAAUUAUUACAAAAUAUUAGCUUCGCAGACAGUUGUUGUUGACAGAAUUCUAUUUAAAAACCAAAAAAAGAAAGUCUAUGACUUGGGGAUAGAUGGCGCCCAACGUUCAUUGUUGGCCCUGUUUUGCAUCAAUGCGGGUAAUAAGUGGACUCCCAUACCGAUGGCUCAAAAUGAACGAUAUCGCCGCCUAUUGUGAGUACUUAAGAUCCGAAAGUGUUUUCCGACGGAUACCUUCCUUACAAUAAACCUCAAACUAUAACUAAGUCUGAAGUAUUAAUAACGAAUUUAAAUACCAUAAUUUCUCAAAAGAUUCGACUUGUAUAAAUCGACCCACAAUGUAAUUCUAUGUAGAUCAGUGUGUUGGAGGAUUUAAAUCCAUAAAUAGAACACAGCGGCUCUGCUUAGAUAGUCCUAAAAAACUUCUGGCAAAAGUUUUGGUUUUGGGUUAUUAAAGCUUUGAAGAAAAAAAAAACAUUAAAAAAGCACAAAAUUGGGUCAAGAGGUCUUUGAGAAAGAAGAAGUAUCAAUAAAUGUUCAUGACUUUUUAUAUGGAAUUUCUUGGAAAAAAUCCAUUCUUGACCAGGGCAUCUCAAAUGUAAUCCAAAAAUACUUUAACAAAUUUCCUCAAGAAAAAAAAUCAUGAAAAAAUAUACUAAAAAUCAGAAAUAUCAUAAAAAAAAAAUUGAAUUUAAAAGGAUAGCCAAUAAAAUCCGAUUAUCGGUAGAUGCCAUAAUAUACAGGGCGAGAUAAAAUACUGCAAAAAAGUCAAACACCAUAAUUUUUACAUUUUUUUCUAAAUGAAAGCAAAAGAUGUCGGAAAUAGCAUCAUAUUGAAGAAUAUGCUUAGAUUUGUUCGAAUUGGUCACCUUUGGCACGAAUUAUGACCUUCAAACGGCAAAUGCUGCCCGAAUGUUGCUCUGCCGUAUUUUGGCCCGUUCCCGUCGAAGCGUUUGCUUGAGGUGAUCGACACUUUGUCAACUUUGCUUUACAAAAUUCUCCAGACACAAUAGUAAAACGGAUUGAUAUCCGGAGAUUGUGCGCUGGAAAUCGAGCGAGGAACCUCAUUUUGUAUCCAUUCUUGGGUGGCGCGUGCUGAGUCCUGUUGGAAUGUCCAAGGUCUGCGGCCAAAACGUUUUCAAAAAUUUUGUAUUGAAAAAAUUUGAUAAGUGUCUCUUCAGUUGAAUUAAAACAAGUAAAAAAGCGGCCGGGCCGAACUUUGAAUAUCCUCCACCAUUUGGAACGAAUUAGAAUGUGUUCAAAAAGAAAAUAUAAAAUCCAUUAAAAAUUCUGUUAAGCUCUUAAAAAUACCGAAUAUCGGAAGGUGCCGAUAUAUGGGGAGAUAUACGAUAUUGUGGACUUAUAUAGACAAAUCUAAGUCUGUGGGUAAAGUACUCACAAAGAACUCCUUGUGUAGAAUUUCAGACAAUUCCGUUGAAAAAUAUGACUAAAAUCAUCAAAAUACCGAAUAUCGAGGGGUACCGCUAUAUAUGGGGGCUAUACGUUAUCGUGGACCGAUGUAGCCCAUCUUCGAACAUGACUUGCCUGCAGACAAAAUACUGAUCCUAUCUUUAUUCGUUUUAACUCUAGCUUGAUUACAACAGGCGGAUAGACGGACAGGGCUCAAUCGUCUUAGAAUUUCACGCUAUUGAAGAAUAUAUAUACUUUGUUGGGUCUAAAAUGAUUAUUUCGAUGAGUUACAAACGGAAUGACGAACUUAAUAUACCCCCCAUACAAUGCAUGGUGGAGGGUAUAAAAAUGAAAUAAAAUAGAAAAAACCACCCAUCUGCCAAUUUAUUAAAAUCACGAUAGAGCUCCCACUAUUAAAGAACUUAAAGAAUUUUUAUACUUUGCAUAAACAUUAAUAAUAUUUUUAGAAUGGUUGGCACUUAAAAUGUCAUAUAUUUCGGGCACAUCGUACUAAAUUUUCAGACUUUCAAAAUUUUCUUUUUUUAAUAAUGUUAAAAUUUUUUCUUUUUCGAAUGUUUAAAUUUCACACAAAAAUGUCCGCAAAAUCUUUCAUUUUAAAGUUUUCCCGAGAAGGAUCCAAUUCUUCUGGCCAAAACUAUUUCAACGUCUCCGUAUGUAAACCCCAUAAACCAACAGUGACCUCAAUAUCAAAUUUCAGAAUUUAAGUUCUGCAAUUUCCCUGAUUACCAAAUUUAGUACCAUUUAGAACAAAAUAGUACGCAUAUCAAAAAUCAGUUGCUUCUCUCAGCACAGACAUCAGUGACACCCAUAUUAAAUUUCCAGAUUCCAGCUAUAUCCCUUCAUCCAAUACCAAAUUUAGCACUUUUUGUACAAUUUUAGUAGAUUUUUCGUACUUUCUUAAAAUAUCAUAAAUCGAUUAAAGUCUAAUCAUAAGCUCCAUAUAACGGUCCAUCCUGAUAUUCGGUGUAAUUUUAUAUUUCAGGUUCUCAUUGAAAAAAAAAAUAUAUUAAAUGUGGAUCUAAUUAUAGUUAUGGGUCUAAUUUAACGAGACUUUCCAAUUUUCGACAUUUCAAAGAUUUUGGUCCAAAUUCCCAACCAAAGCAGAUGCAAUUUGACAUUUGGGGUUCUCGGUGUUUUGAUAUAACCCUCGUGAAAAAAUAUUAAAUGUAAGUCUUCUUUUAAGCAUAGCGCCCCUAUAACGCUAUUCUUGGGGUUUUGGUCCCAAUUUCCAAACAAUAAGUACCUCUCCCGAUAAAUCUUCAAUAUUAUCGGAUAGUGAAGCUGACUUGACCAUAAGUCUUAAAAUAUAGUUAAAAAAAAUCCCUUUAAAGAAAUAAACUUCUUUUAUAUAUUUACCUCUACAUUGACACAUGGCGGAUAUAAGGUUGGCCAAAAAACUACUUGUGACAACAUUUUCGCAAUAAAAUGAGUAGAGUUUGUUCUUUGAAUUUCAAAUUACAAUUAUUUUGUCAGAUGGACUUACCGGUCGAUCUUAUAUAGGCCUUGCAUAGACAUAAAUUUUCAAAUGAAAAAUUUUCGUCAGGAAUUAUUAAAAAAAGUCAAAAAAAUUGAAAGAACAAAAAGAAAUAAUUAUGAAUAACGAUAUCUUUUUUUCAGAUUAUUUUUGUUCUUUUUAAAUAUCAUGUUUUCUGCGAAUAUUGAAAAUUUAUUUGGUUAAUGAAAAAUAACAGUUUUUCAUUUUCCAUGAAAGCACCCUCCCUCCUGACCUCUGUCAUUUUUUCUUAUAAUAAAAAAAUAAUAAUAAUUAUAAUAAAAAACAACAUAUUCUCACACAUGUAUGUAUGGUUGUGUUAAGUUCAACUUAAGAUUUAUUUUUGUAUACAUAUUAAUAAAUUAUUAUCAUUAUUAUUAUUAAAACUAUUAUUAAUUUUCUAAGGUUACGUUUUCAUUUCCAUUAUUUUUUCUUUGCAACAACAUUAAAUGUGUCAACUAUUAUUUAAUAUUAAUUAUUAUUAUUUUAUUUUUAAAAUAAGAAAAAAAGCUAUUGUAAAUUUAAAAAAAAUCAUGUUGAAAUUCAUAUAAACAAAAACUGAAAAAAAAAAAUACAACAACAAAAAACCGCAAACAAACAAGGAUAACUGCGUAUGAGCUUAGCCACGUAAGUCUUUAAAAGCAAACUACAAUCGUCAAUAAUAAUCUUUAAAAUUAAUAAUAAUUUAAAAAUAUUAAAAAAACUAAGAAAAAAAAAACGAAUAAUCCUAUUGUUAUAUAAUUAAAAUAAUUUUAUUAAAUAAUUUAAUGAAAAUGAAAAAAAUGAAUUAAAUAUAAAUUUCUUUGUAAACUGUAUAUAGAAAAAUUGUCUUAGGUUAAGCGAAAAAAAUAUGAAUUGACUGCACAAUUUGUGUGUGUGGUUCUCUAAUGGUUAAGGAUAAUUCAAGAAAAUGAAAAAAAAAAUAA